AGAAGGAACUUGGAGCAGCCCCUCUGCUAGGUGCCCCGCACCCGCCCAGACACACAGCCUCCCUCCACUUCCACCUGGCACCUGGAGGGUUAAAGGAACCUGGGCCAAGUUGGGCUGUGCUGGCUGGGUGUCAGGGUGGUUGCUGCACUACUAGCAGUGGGGAAAUCCAGACAGCAGGAGCAGCAUUGCUAGACGGGACCCCGCUGCCUAGCCUGGCCACUCCACUAGGAUGACCCAGAGGAAAGGAGCCAUUCCCCUGGCAGUGUGGCUGCUGCUGCUCCCCUGGGCAAUGGUGGGCCCUGGAGCAAGGAGCUCCUUGGGCCCCGAAGGAGCCAAGGCUGGCGAUCCCGAGCUCCUGAAGUGCCCAGGUGUCUGCGCCUGCAGCUACGAUGACUACAGCGAAGAGCUCAACGUCUACUGCAGCUCCAAGAACCUCACACAGCUCCCCAGCGACCUGCCUGGGCCCACCAAGGCCCUGUGGCUGGACGGCAACAACUUCACCACACUGCCUACGGGGGCCUUCAAAAACCUCUCCAGCCUGGAUUUCCUUAACCUGCAGAGCAGCCAGCUGGGCAGGCUCGAGCCACAUGCUUUCCACGGACUCAGGGCCCUCUAUCACCUCCACCUGGAGCGAAACCGGUUGAAGUCCCUGGCCCCCAACACCUUCCUGCACACCCAGAACCUGGUGUCCCUUAGCCUCAACAAUAACCACUUCAGCAAGGUGGAAGAGGGGCUCUUUGCGGGGCUGUCCAACCUCUGGGACCUGAACCUUGGCUGGAAUUCGCUGGUGGUUCUCCCAGACACGCUGUUCCAUGACCUGCCCAACCUGCGUGAGCUCGUCCUGGCCGGGAACAAGCUGGCUUACUUGCAGCCCCAGCUCUUCUGCAGCCUCACCGAGCUGCGGGAACUGGACCUGAGCGGGAACGCUCUGCGGAGCAUCAAGGCCAACAUCUUCAUCAAGCUGCAGAAGCUGCAGAAGCUCUACCUGAGCCACAACCUCAUCAGCACCGUGGCCCCCCGGGCUUUCCUGGGCCUCAGGUCCCUGCGCUGGCUGGACCUAUCUCACAACCGCAUCGGCGUCCUCUUCGAAGAGACCUUCCUGGGCCUCCUCAGCCUGCACGUCCUGCGCCUCUCCAACAACGCCAUCAGUGGUCUCCGGCCCAGGACCUUCAAAGACCUACAGAUCCUGGAGGAGCUGCAGCUCGGGCACAACAAGAUCAGGAGCCUUGGGGAGAGGACAUUCGAGGGUCUCGGCCAACUGGAAGUCCUCACCCUGAACCACAAUCAGAUCCAGGACAUCAAGGUUGGGGCGUUCCCUGGCCUCUUCAACGUGGCUGUGAUGAAUCUGUCCAGCAAUUGUAUCAAAAGCCUCCCUGAGCAGGUCUUCAAGGGGCUCGGCAAACUGCACAGCCUCCACCUCGAGGGCAGCUGCCUCAGCCGGAUCCAGCGGCACACAUUCUCGGGCCUCCCUGGUUUACGGAGACUCUUCCUGAAGCAUAACAGCAUUUCCGAGAUCGAGGACCAGAGCCUGAUGGAGCUGCGUGAACUUUUGGAACUGGACCUCACGGCCAACAUGAUGGCAAUCCUCUCUAGUCAGCUCUUCCAGGGGCUCCAGAAUCUGGAGUACCUGCUUCUUUCCCACAACCAGCUGGCCCAUCUCCCCCCAGACACCUUCAGCUCCCUCCAGCGUCUGUUCUGGCUUGACCUAGCUCACAACCACAUAGAAACCAUAGCUGAUGGCCUGUUUGCCCCUUUGGGGAAUCUCAGGUAUCUCAGCCUCAAGAACAACUCUCUUAGGACCUUCUCAGCCCAGCUCCCAGCGCUGGAACAGCUGUGGUUGGAAGGAAACAGAUGGAACUGCAGCUGUUCCCUAAAGGGGCUGAGGGAUUUUUCCCUGCAGAAGCCCAGUGUGGUGCCUCGUUUUGUCCGAGCCAUCCAAGAGCGGGACGACUGCCAGACUCCCGUGUACACCUACAAUAACCUCACCUGUCAGAGCCCCCUCGAGGUGGCUGGCCUUGAUCUGCGUGACGUGGGAGAAGAUCAUUUUGCUCACUGUUAACUCCGUACCCAAUUUUUCCUGAGUGGAACCAGGAGUCUGUGAUGGUUAUGCUGUGGAAUCAAUCCCACUAAUUCCUUAGGGGUGACCCUUGCUGUACCAGCCAAGAAAAAAAGAUGAGCCAGUCCCCUGGUGGUCAAGCAAAUAGUAUCUGAACAUCUCAGAGAAUUGUGUGGUGCUCCUCUGGCCUCCACGGGAGACCAGAGCAGACAAAGGGAUGACUUCAUAGUUCAACUUCUUUUUUUUCCCCAUACUUCCAUAGUGUUUCAACUCUAGUAGGGUUGCCUUGGCCUUUGGUUGGCCAAGGUACAAACAAGUUCUUUGGACUUUGCCAUUCAACUUGGUCUUCUGUGGGUUUGGAACAGAUGGUCACUGGCCCAGUCCCCAAAAGGUCUGUGACCACAAAGAAUAGCAAAUCACAACGGGGGAAAGGGGGUGGAUGAAGCAGUUUCUACUCCUAUCCAAUAAGAUGCUCAUUAUCGAUUAAAAGCAAUUUCACAAAAAAAAAAAG